AAUGUYUAAUUUACCUUUAAGUUUCGUUACUAGAUAGUAAAUUAGGUGAUUAGAGCCAUUUUUUGUCAAACAUCGACUAAACAAAAGAGAAUUUAACCCCCCUUUAACUACUUCUUUCACUUCUUCCACGAGAAAAAAAUGUAUUGAAAAACACAAACGAAAUACCUUCUCGGUAGCAUACUUUGUUAUGGCAUCACGCCAUGGCCUUACGUUUACCAUCAGAUCGAUUGAUCAUAAGGGGUUUCCCCAUCUGAAUCUUAUAAGAUUCAUAUUUCUAGGAAAUACUGACUCUGCACUCAAAAGCCGGAGCUCAGUCAACCAAGCAAGAUGACAGUGAAAGAAAAAUCGAUUAUUUAUCUUGCUUUUCUUUCUUCUUUGCUUUGUGUUUUAAAUACAUCAGCAAAUGAAGCUAUUCCUCUGAUCACGGUGAAGGAAAAUACCGAGAACAACAAGGACUACUUUAUUCUCAAUCCAGACGCCAUUUCCAUGAUCGAACAGCUGUCUUCGCCAGUCAAGAUCAUUGCAGCUAUUGGAGACGCGAGAGUUGGUAAAUCUACAGCACUGAACUCUAUUCAUUACAUCCUGAGUAGGCUUGAUACCUCGGCAUUUCACACUAAAAAUGUUGAAGGAAUCUUUAAAACGGGAAACACUAUGGAAGCCGUGACACGUGGCGUUUGGAUUUCGGCCUUAGAAAUCCCUGGCAAACAUGGAAUGGAGAAUAUCAUAUUACUGGACGUGGAAGGUACAGAUCUCGGGGAUGACACAGUCAUAGAUAAACUCAGUAUUUUCACAGCCUUAACAUCUUCCUGCUUAACUCUAUUUAUGAAGGAAUUUCCAAGUUCACACAUACUUGAUUUUCUGUAUAAAAUAGUUCGUCUAAGUGAGGAAGCCUUUGGCAAGAAGGAAAGCGAACAUUUCCCCCAGCUCACAGCAGUUCUCCGGGGAGCUUUGGCACCCCCAGAGAGUUAUGAUAGCAUCGAUAGAUACAUAAAGGAUUCCUUGGUCGAACCAAAAUGGAAAGACAAGUCAGAUGAAAAGCGAAAAGUCAUUGGAAAACGCUUUCCAAGAGAAAGUAUUUCUGUUUUCGACGUUCCUUUAAUUCCUAACCCUCAAUAUAAUUUUCAGAAUAUCACUGAAUUAUCAAGGAAUGGAUAUCUGAAUGCCAUUGAGAAUCUUACAGCAAAACUAUUAAAUUUACCCGAGAAGAAGACUUUGAAUGGGGCACUGAUGGAUGGAGAGACACUCGCAGACCUGGCCCAGAGAUUAGUGGAUGUGAUGAAUGACCAUCAAAAAUGGAGUGACCUUAAUCCAAACUUUUACGAACUCUUUGAACAAAAAGUGUGUAGGAUAAGCGCAAAUAAGCACAUUCAACCAGUCCUGCGUCUUUCGUCCCAAAACAUAGAGAGACAAAGACAUAAAGCUUUCAACAACUUUAAAUCAAAUUGUAAACUGGAAAAAUAUGUACUCUAUGUGGAUGAAGUAAUUCAAUCCACUCUUGAGGAACGAAGGGAAUUGGAGGAAAUGAUGAGAAGGGAAGACGAAAAGAGACAAAGAGAAAAAGAAGAAGAACGCGAACGGGAUAAGACCGUAAAAACUGGUAUAUUGGGUACUAUAAUUGGAGGAAUCGUUGGAGCUGCUGGAUAUGCCUUUCUUGCUCCACUACUGAGUGACAUACAACUGAAGGAAAACAUAACUGUGUUGAAUAACUCUGAGUACGAAACUAUUGGUCUUCGUGGAGUAGAAUGGGUCUGGAACCAAGAAGCAGAGAAGCUGGGACUGAGUGGUAAAGAAUCAGGCGUGGUUGCACAGGAAGUAGAGCUGCUUUAUCCAUGGGCUGUGAUCGAAGGGCAUGAUGGGUACAAACGGGUCAACUACCUUGCGUUAAGGUUGCUAGUCUUGGCAAAUAAAUGUAAUCGAAAUUCUCAAAUUUAAACGGAUUAUUUAAAUCCCAUUAAAGCUAAACUUCAACAAAAAGUCCAUUUAUAUUACCAUUGUUUUCAUUGCUACGUGCUGAUCGAUGCAACAGUAGUGAUAUGAAAGAUCAGGCAGCAAACACUGCUGUCAAUCAGAGUAUGUGAAAGUACUAAACAAUUUAUUUGACUAAAGGCAGUCUAGAUCUAUUGCCCGCUUCCCCUGUCGCGCCUGUUGUAUCGAUCAGCGUGUAGCAAUGAAAACUGUGGUAAGAGCUGACAGAUCGUUUAGAAGCGCGCUCAGCUCCCCGGUGACUUUUGUUUCGAAGGAAAUCAUGGAUAUUUUGUGGCGAUGUAGUUUUAACAUCUUCAAGUUAGAGUAAGCGUAAUUUUUUCAUAAAUUUUAAUUUUCGCUCAAUCAGGGAUCAAUGAUAAUUAGCUAGAAAUUACUUUAAAAAUGCAACCUAUAUGCUUUAAAGCAUCCAGGUUAAGAUAUCUCGAUUUAUUAUUAUGUUAGCAUAGAAUGUGAUAUGGCAGUGGUAUUUUACCUUCAUUAAAAUAUCGCUUUGUCACUCCGCUAUUGCUCACUCAUAUGAAUUUUUAAUUAUUUAGAUAAUGUAAUGACAUUUUUAUGAAGUGCAUGCAAAUAAAGUAAUCUUUAAACACACAAGAGAUCACUACUUAGUGGGAUAAGGGAUAAAUCAAAACUAGAGGGAAGAUGCAUAAGUGUAGACCUAGUAGAGCAAGUGCACACUCUGUCAAUUUGCAGCGUAUAGCUAGCGCCAAAAGUCCAAUUGUUGUACCCAAUCCCUUGGGGGUGGAGGUGAGUGAUAGCGUACGUGGCUCUUAAUACGGGUCGGUAUUUUUGAUGCUCGUAAAACCAUUACUUUUUACGAUAAAAAACAAAACAAAUUACGCCAAUGAUACCUAUUAGAUUUUCUCUUCCGGAAUUCGGUAGUUUUAGCAUGAAAAUCCAAAAUUUUGGAAUAUCCGGAUCUGGUUUUACUACCUGGAUCGGACUUUUUCCAGGUGGAUUGUGGGAUCGUGGAAAAAAAUUACUUCGGUAUUUCUACUCAAAAUCAAUGUUAAAAGUUUAACAUCACUUGAAGAAUUGCUUUGACGCAGUUAUUCUAUAAAAUUUAGGAAAAUAUGGCUUUCGUGAGAAGUAAAUAGCAAAGGUUGCAGUCGUGAGACUUGUGAAUUUAUUCCGCUUGUUUAAAGAUUUCUUUACAGCUUUAUCAAACAAUAAUUAAAAAACGUUAGAAAAUACUAAAAAAGAAAAAGAACGGUCGUACAGUUACCAUAAAUAAAUGAUAAACGAAAGCCUCCACCCAAACAUUCCAGGUUGCUAAGCAAAGCGUAGAACAAACUAAAAUAGGUACACAACUAGUUUUAACCAACUGUUUGUGGUAAAUAGGGACUUUAAGAUUUGCAAUAUCUGCGACGGCGACGUCUAACGGAAAUGUAAAUAACUUCCCUUUGGUUUUUCGCUCCUUCAAACUCUGUCUUCCCUGUGGAUGAGUUGAUUUCACUGACAAGCUUGUGAAUGAAAUUUCCAAUGAACAGAACCCCUAAAGAAAAAUUAUUUACACUUCUGGUUGACGUCACCGUCGUUGAUUUUGCAAAUCUUAAAGUCCCUAAAUACACAUAAGGAUGUACCAUGCAACCAUCGGACAUUUGUUAGUACAAAACGUGGAAAACGUUUGAAAGAAAAACGCUCACAAGAGCGCUGGCUCCGUGCGUAUUUUAUUGGUGGGUUCCCUAUGACCACAUCUCUUGACCAAUCAGAAAGCGAGAGAAAUAACAUUUUUGGUAAAAAACUGAUGUCCGUUUGAUAACUGAACUCAAUCAAAAAUACUGAAAAUGUUAGGGAAAGUAUAUUGACGCCAUUUAGAAAUACGUAAUCAGUGACGUACAUGGACAUGCACUUCGCGCGCAAAUCUACGUCCUGAUGCUGACCGUAAGAAACGCAGGCUCCAUCAAGCGAUUAUACAUUUAAAUUUUAUUGAUGAAUAAAAGAAUACAAAAAAGAAAAACUAUAUAACCUGCAUAUAGCUAAAGCUAGUCUAGGCAGGUUAAAUUCACAGAAUAUACACGUAGAUUUACGAAGAUGUCUUUAUAUGUUAAUACUAAAUAAAUGUUAAUAUCAGAGUACAAAGAGCUGAAUAGGAAAUGAAAAGUAGUUCACUGARUAGAAAAUGAAAAAUAGCUCAUUACAGAUAGACUUACUUAAAAACAUUGAAGAUCUCAGUAUCAUAGCGAUUAAUAUUAAGAUCGUUUAAUAAAACGGUUUUGAUUUC